GCAAGAGGUUAGGGCUUGACAGUCCAGCGAAGAGGAGAAGAUCUGGCCAUGAGGUAACUCCUCGAUUUGAUCUGCCGCUCCGCUGGAUCCGGCACGAUCGAGAGCGAGCGAUCGAUCAAUCGCACAGCGCCAAUGCGCGGCAUGGCAGCGGCGCUUUGGAUCCCUCUGUGAGAAUCCCUCGAAAUAUCAAGUGGCAGUCGUCACUGCGUUUGCGGAGGGAUCUUGAUCAUCGCCAUGGUGUGAUGGUGCCGGGAAGAUGGUUGGGGCAUCCAGGGAGAGCAUAGGGUCUGGAAAAUGCGCAAAUGCGGUGCUGUGCUCAGCAGUGGAUACUACAAUCCCCCGAGCUCGCCGGUGCUCGAUCUCGCCAACACGGGCGUGAGAAAGGCCGACCUCUUGGAGCGCGAGAGGGAUCGCAAGAAGGUUUUCAUCCAGCUCUCGCCGGAGGAACUCAAUGUGGCGUUUGGGGACGAGAUUGUGAGCAAGAAGGGGAGGCGCUGCUCCGACUAUACGCCGCGAUCCAAAGGCCAGCUUGGAAACCAGCACAGCUUGACUGAUGUGUGGAAGUAUCCCCGGAAGGAGGGAUCGGGAGCUCUAGUGGCAUCGUCGUCGCAUUCCAGGCCAGCGUCGGAGCUCUCCAAAGGACGUGCUUCUAGCAGGAAUGAGAUGGAUCGUCCCGGAGAAGUCUCGGUCCAUGUUGGCUCUCCCUCGAGAGGUGGAAGAGAUCAACGCAGAGCUCCUGGAGGGCCGGUUUCGAUCAGACUCUCGCCAUCUCCGCAGAGGUCUCCAGUGCGAUCUCCGCAGCAGCGAUCGCCCGUGAAUAGUCGGCCUUCCUCGGCCAGGAGAGUAGAUAGCGAGCCGGGGAUGCAAGUCGACUUGACGGAAGGAGUGCAAAUCCGAGUGAGCAGUCCCAGGAAGAGCUCCGCCACCUCGUUGUCUCGAACUGGAGGUGGUGGUGGUGGUGGUGGAAAUGGCGGUGGGAUCACUGCGACUGCUUCCGGUGGAGCUUUGAUCUCGAGCCAGCACUUUCAUCUGGAGAACAAUCCUGCGCAAUCGGUAACUGUUAGGACAAUGAAGGACGUGAACGUCAGGACGCAAGCUCUCAAAGACGGUGUCCAGUUCCGACUUGAUGGAAGGCCGGGAGUGCAAUUAUCCGUGAAGAUGGGAGAGCCAACGAACAACGGGACCGGGCUGAGGAACUCAAUCAAGAUUGAGGCUCAGACGCCCAUGGACGAUGAUGGCUUUGGAGGAGGAAUGUAUGGAAGAGGAGGUAAAGGUGGAAGAUGGGAUGAAUUGCUCUCGUAUCAGCGUCCAACCGUGUCGCAUCUCAUACACGCAAGGAUGACCCAGCUCUACAAAGAGCUCCGAAAGAGCAUUCCAAAGUAACCAAGAGAGAGCGAGCGCAUUUUUUCAAGUGGACGGACACCGCUUUACGGGAAGUCCGGAACAAUCCAGGAAGAGAAAUCUCCCAGGACGAGACUCAGUUACUAGAAUAUACUACAGUGUUUUUAAGGGGUAAAGCGAGCUGGUUAUUUUAGUGGUUUAAGCCAAGUUUAAAUUUUCUCCGAGC